AUGGCGCAUGUGGUGCGACAUUCAAGCGCUUGGGAAACGUUCAUGACACGUUCCGAUGAUUCCAUUCUUACCAAUCGUAAAGUUAGUGAGAGUGGAAUUGAGUUGGAAGCACGAAGUGGUAGCAUUGUAAUGCUUAAUUUUGAUAUUGAAGUACCAAAUGAAGCAACUCGUCGUAAAGAACAUUUGUUGAAUACACUAAAAAAAGAGGUAAAAAUUAUUAUGGAAGAAUCUGUAAAUCGAAAAGCGGUUAAUGCCAAAAGCACAUAUGUAACAUCAUUAUGUGCAGCAGUGGAGCAAUGUUUAUUGGAUGGUUUAAAGCGCCGUUUGCUUGGACUAUUCGGCGAACGUUCAACUUACGCUCUUCUACAUAAUAUCGCCAAAUUUUGUCCGGAAGCAGCAACUGUAUUAACACUUACAAUUAAAGCGCAAGAUGAUGAAUUUAUAUCAUGUUCAUCGCCUUAUUUGUGGAUUAGAGUUGCUCUGUUAGCAAAAAUAUUACCAGCAAUUAUUGGAUUCAUUCAUAAUUCCAUACAUUGUCGGCGAUACUAUGAAAAGAAUUCACUGAUGUUGGAUGCUGCAAAGGGAGGUGUUGUAGCAGCGUUGCUUGUUGGUCCAUGUGCUAUUGAUUAUACGAUGAUGGAUCAUCAAUGUGAUCCGUACGAAGAACCCUUAGCAGGUGAAUUGGUAGAACGACAUCGCAACACCCAUUCAUGUUCAGCUACUCCUCCUACACCUAAAAGACCGCCAUUAACGGUGAUGAAGCGUGGUAGUAGCAUUGUAACAAGCGUUGAUAGUUGUUCAUCGCCAAUGUGUACAUUUGGACGUGAUUAUGUGUAUUCAUUACAUCAAAACGUGAAAGCAUCUUUGUUAUACGGUAAAAAUAAUGUCACCGCAGCUAUAUCACCUGAUGGACCACCAAUGAAGGGUUACCUAUCGUUGCAUCAGAAUUCACCUGGAAAUGUAACUAUUAAAUGGUCACCUAAUCAACUGAUGCAUUCAAGCUCACAACCAUCCUCAGCCUCUUGCGACAAUCUUCCCUGUGAUAGUGAUUGGCUUUGGAGGCAUCUUAUCAAUAUUAAUAUCAGCGACAUUAUCUACGUACACAUACAUCAGUAUAAUGAGAAUUCACCAACAACAUUAAUUUUCGUUGGAGGUGAUGGCGUGCAACAUUCACCGAUGCAAUUCCCGGCUGGUCAUCAUUUGCUCGCCUUUCUUUCAUGUCUCGAGAGUGGUUUAGCACCAUACAAUCGACUUGAUCCACCUUUAUGGAUUUCCAGAGAGAAAGGUAAAAUAUUGCCAAAACUGCGACGAAAAAGCAUAACAAACGAAUUGAAUGCAAAUUGUGAUGAAGGAAGUAAAUCACAGGAUUACGUAUUCCGUGUGGUACCAACCUGUACACCACCACUGUUACUCAAUGAACAAAAUAAUGCUUUAGAUGAAACUGUUAUUCGUGAAAUAUCAACAAUUAAUGAUUCAACCACUAAAUUAAGAAAGCGAGAUGAGAAACGAGCAGUGAGUGAAAGUGAAGUUGAUGAACUUAUGAAACAGAAUUUCAAAAAAGCAUGUUCUUCCAUGAGAAUGCAAAUUUUGGCUCGAACUUUCUAUGGAUGGCUAGCAUAUUGUGGUCAUUUGCGUACGAUUCGAAACCAUCUGUCAUGUUUGGUAGAUUCGAAGGCAAUAGUAGAGGAAACAAAUGGCCCGGUUAACGAGGAUUUCUGGAAAAAGUGCCGGGAUUUAAAAUCCGAGAAGAUGGAGAAAGAAUUCCUAUCGAGAAUUUAUCGAUUUGGUAUCAAUGGAAAUGAAUCUUUCAUGCUUCGGCGUAAAGUUUGGCCAUAUCUAUUAGGCCUGGUAAAUUGGACACAGGAUUUCGAAGAGCUUGAAAAUACAUAUCGUGCGAAUUACUAUAAUGAUGUAGUGGAGUGGGAAAAGAUCGAGAAAAUUGUUCGUGAACGUGAUCAAGAGGCAUUCGUAGCCGCCCGACUUCGAUAUCGUACGUGUAAUACUGAAUCCAACGAAUCAUUCCAAGGAACAUCAUUGAACAAUGAUGCAUUCGAGGAAAAUAAUGAAAUAUCCAAAAAUGGGAAGGAUAAUGAAGAGGAAGAUUUAAUGACAAAAUUCAGUGCUAAUCUUCAUCGCAUCGAGAAGGAUGUGGAACGUUGUGAUCGAAGUUCAGCUUAUUUUGCCAAAAAAAAAAAUUUACAAAAGUUAAAAACGAUCAUGUGCACGUAUGUAUGGCGCAAUUUAAACGAAGGUUACACGCAAGGAAUGUGUGAUCUAGCAGCUCCACUAUUAGUCAUCUUCGAUGACGAACCACUGGUAUUAGCAUGUUUUGAUCGAUUAAUGCUACGAAUGAAACAAAAUUUCCCUCAGAGAACCGGAAUGGACGAUAAUCUGGCUUAUAUGAAUUCUGUCCUACAGGUUAUGGAUCCGGAAUUUUUUGAGUAUAUAGCUGAAAAUGGUGAUGCAACACAUCUCUCUUUUACUUAUCGUUGGUUUCUACUUGAUUUUAAAAGAGAAUUUACCUAUCCACAGGUGUUCCGUCUUUGGGAAGUAAUUUGGGCAGCAUCUUCAUUGGUCACCACUCAUUUUCAUUUGUUCUUUGCUCUUGCAAUGAUUAUCGCAUAUCGUCACAUAAUUAUUGAUAAUCGAAUGGACUUCACUGAUGUUAUCAAAUUUUAUAAUGAAAUGGCAGAAAGGCACAAUGUGGAUGAACUUUUGGAUUCUGCUCGCAAUCUACUGGAACGUUUACAAACUAUUAUUGUGGAACUCGAAUCAACCAAGAAUUAA